AAUUCCUGACGUCAAAACAACCGCAGAUUACGUCAUCACCUGGUGCAUUGUACACAGAAUCUAAUUCCUCCCAGGGGCCGUCCUACUCUAUCGGACCGUUGAAAUGGCAGAUCGGAGUCAAACCACUCCCACCGACGAUGUGGAUGUGACGCAAGCUAGCGCUUCCGGACGCAGCCCCCAAAAUCUAGCCGUUGCUCUUCCUCACUCGUCAAUUUUGUUUUCGCUUUUGCCCUCGCGCUCUCCGCUCAGUCGUAGCCGGCAGUCAAGAGGAAGAAGAUGAUGAAGCGGCGCAGGAAAACUAGCCGUUGGCUUCCUCCAAGGGCAAAACAACAAUAAUAAUUUCCAUCUCCGGCAAUUUAUAAUCGCACUCCUUUCGUUCCCGAAUCCAAUUAAUCUUCUUCUCUCAUCUGCUCUCCCUUGAUCUUGUACUUCGUCUCGCGUUGAUCCAACGCAGAGCAGUGAGUUCCCUGCUUCAUGGAUAGCCUCCAACGGCAGCAGUCGCCGCCGCUGCCGCUGCUGGUGUUGGUCUUACUUUUAUUGGUUUCGUCUAGGUUUGCUAUGGGACUCGAGUGGGACGGGGUAGCGAUCACCCAGAACGACCUCCAGGGGCUGCAGGCCAUCAAGGCCGAGCUCACCGACCGCCGAGGCGUGCUCCGGAUCUGGAACGGGACUGGCAUUGACGCCUGCUCCGGCGCAUGGACCGGUAUCAAGUGCGUCCGCGGCCAGGUGAUCGCCAUCCAGCUCCCGUGGCGCGGCCUCUCCGGUCGCCUCUCCAGUAAGGUCGGCCAGCUCGUUUCCCUCCGCAAGCUCAACCUCCACGACAACGCCAUUGGCGGGCCCGUCCCGCCGGCCCUCGGCCUCCUCCGAGAGCUUCGCGGAGUUUAUUUGUUCAACAACCGCUUCACCGGUGAGGUGCCUCGGUCGAUCGCCGGAUGCGUCCUUCUGCAGACGCUCGACCUCAGCACCAAUUCGCUCUCCGGCAGCAUCCCUGCCUCCAUUGUCAACAAUACCCGGCUCCUUAGGCUUAAUUUGAGCUACAACAAUAUCUCUGGGUCGAUUCCCGCCGCCGUCACUCGCCUUCCUGCUCUUGUCUUCGUCUCCCUCCAACACAACAACCUCUCCGGUUCUGUCCCCGACACAUGGGGAGGCAGCAGCAGCAACAAUGUUUCAGGUUUCCAGCUCAAAAGCUUGCAUCUAGAGCACAAUUUCCUCUCCGGAAGCAUCCCAAUCUCUCUCUCUCGCCUUCCAAUGCUGGAAGACCUCUCUCUCAGCAACAAUGAGCUACAAGGCAGUAUUCCUGAGGAAUUCGGGACGUUCCCGAGGCUUAAAACGCUCGAUCUUUCCAAAAACUCCAUUAGCGGAAGCUUUCCUGAGUCACUGUGUAACCUUUCGUCCUUGGUCGAGCUCAAACUCGAAGGUAACUUUCUCGAAAGCCCGAUCCUUGAGUCCAUUGAUGGCUUAACGAAUCUAUCUUUGCUCGAUCUUAAGAAGAACCAAUUCGUUGGUCCAAUCCCUCCCACGCUGGGGAACAUCUCCGGCCUUUCUCUGCUGGAUUUGUCGGAGAACAACCUCACCGGAGGAAUUCCAGUUUCCAUUGACAGCCUCACCAACCUCACUUUCUUCAAUGUGUCCGACAACAAUUUAUCUGGCCCUGUUCCUGUUCUCCUCUCCGAGAAAUUCAAUUCGAGCUCUUUCAGUGGAAACCUCCGGCUCUGCGGUUACAGUGCCGCUCCAUGCCCUUCUGCUCCUCCUACCUAUCCGAAGUCUCUUUCCACCUCGCCGGAGCACACCCGGAGAAGACUCGGUACCAAGGCACUAAUACUCAUCGCUGUGGCGGUCUUCCUUGCGCUCCUCAUCCUUCUUUUCUCCUUUCUAUUCUACUGCAUGAUUAGAAACAGAGCUGCAAAACAGAGCACCGCAAGAGAGGCGGCGGCCAGGAGAGGCGAGAAGUCAGGACAGGAGACGGGGUCGGAAGUCGAGACCGGAGGUGACACCGGAGGGAAGCUGGUCCAUUUCGACGGCCCGCUAGCCUUCACCGCCGAUGACCUGCUGUGCGCCACAGCGGAGAUCAUGGGGAAGAGCACUUACGGGACGGUCUACAAGGCGACGUUGGAGGACGGCAGCCAAGUCGCGGUGAAGCGGUUGAGGGAGAAGAUCGCGAAGGGGCAGAAGGAGUUCGAGGCGGAGGUCGGCGUUCUUGGGAGAAUCCGGCACCCCAAUCUGUUGGCUCUUAGAGCCUUCUACUUGGGGCCCAAAGGAGAGAAGCUUCUUGUCUUCGAUUUCAUGGCCAAAGGCAGCCUCGCAGCCUUUCUACACGCUCGUGCACCAGACAGCAUGGUUGACUGGCCGACGAGGAUGAGGAUCGCCAUGGGAAUAACCCGUGGCCUGCACCACCUCCACACCGAGCUCGCCAUCGUCCACGGCAACCUCACGAGCACCAACGUGCUCCUGGACGAGAGCUGCAACGCCAGGAUCAGCGACUACGGCUUCGCCCGCCUCAUGACCGGCGCCGCCGCCAGCUCCAACGUCGGCGCCGCGGCCGGUGCGGUCGGAUACCGCGCGCCGGAGCUGGCCAAGCUCAAGAAAGCCAACGCGAAGACCGACGUGUACAGCCUCGGCAUGAUCCUGCUGGAGCUGCUGACGGGGAAGCCGCCGGCGGACUCCACGAACGGCAUGGACCUACCGCAGUGGGUGGCGUCCAUAGUCAAGGAGGAGUGGAUCAACGAGGUGUUCGACACGGAGCUAAUGAGGGACGCCGCCGCGACCGGCGACGAGCUGCUCAACACGCUGAAGCUGGCCCUUCACUGCGUCGACCCGGCCCCGGCCGCGCGCCCGGAGGUGCAGCAGGUGAUGCAGCAGCUGGAGGAGAUCAAACCAGAGCUGGCGGAGCCUUCCGAGACUGAAGGGGAAUCACCAAAGCUCGAUGAAUAGAAGAAGUCAAAAGAUAAAAUCCCAUACUAUACAAACUUUUAACACUAGAGUUGUUUGAGUAUUUAUAAUUACCUUUUUUUUCCCCCUUUUAUC